AUGCAUUUGCAACUCUUUGCCAUUGUGAUAUCGUUGCUAUGUGAGGUGAUUAGGAUGGGGUCCGGCGUCACACAGAAGCAAAGUGCUCAAAGAGAGACAUCAGAGGACUGUCAGAGUUGUCUGGAGUGUUCCCGUGACAACGGCUGUGUGCGUUGCCCCGAGCGACUCUUCCUGUUCCUGCAGAGGGACGGGAUGUCUCACCAUGGGACUUGUCUCCACGCCUGCCCCGCUGGACACUACGGACAGAGAGGGAAGGACAUCAAUCGUUGCAUGAAGUGUCGCUCUUCGGAGUGUGAGCACUGUUUCAGCCGGGACUUCUGCACCAAGUGUAAGCCUGGCUUCCAGCUGUACAAAGGCAAGUGUAUGACCAGCUGCCCCGAGGGAACCUUCGCCCACCAGACAGACUGCCUCGAGGAUUGCCUCCUGGCUCCAUUGGGCGACUGGAGCGACUGGAGCGCUUGUCUCCGCGACGGCGUAAACUGCGGCUUCAGGUGGGGCAAGCAGACCAGGACCCGAGGAGGGGUCAGGCAGACUGGGAGAACACCUGAAGAGCAAGCUGCAUCGAUUUGUCCAUCCCACAAUGAGACACAGAGAUGCAGGAUGAAGAAAAAGUGUCCCACAGGUGAGAUUCCCUCGUGCAAAACAGGAAGGUGA